UCUCUACUGUUGUAUAAAAGCUGAUACACACAUGACACUAGUGUAUUGUUGCAUCGAUAUCACUGCUACUCAUCGAAAAUAACAAGGAUAUAUAGUUUUAGCUAGCUUCAGUAUAUUUGCAUUGUUCUUGCUGCUCUUAAAAUGGAACUAUCCUUCUCCACUAAGAACACAACCCCCCAGAAAUACCGCGACUUCAUAGAAUCUCUGCGACAACGACUCACAGCCGGACGAUCUAAAUCACAUGGUAUACCGGUGCUGCCUAGAAGAGAAGAUGUGCCAGACGCACAGCGCUUUCUUCUUGUUGAUCUCACAAACUCUGGAAACAAUACCAUCAGGCUCGCAAUCGAUGUGGUGAACGCUUACGUGGUGGGUUAUGCUGCAGGUGGCCGAUCCUACUUUCUUAAAGAAAAUGCUCGUGAGAAUCCGCCUCCAAUUCACACCUUGUUCCGCGACACCACUCGGAUGCCUCCUCUGAACUUCGACGGCAGCUACAUCGGGCUUUCGCGAGCUGCGCAAGAAGCAGUGAAACGGAAUAUAGCACGUGAUCGUGCUCGUAACCCAGCAGUGGCAGGUCUGCAUCCGAAUACACCUAUUCUUGAGCGGAUACCUCUGGGACGCAAUGAACUAGAUGACGCCAUCAACCUUUUGCGCUUGGCACCAUCCCAAUCCGACCAAGCUGUAGGGUUUAUAGUGGUAAUUCAGAUGAUCUGCGAAGCGGCAAGGUUUCGGUUCAUUGAGGGUCUACUCCGCAAUAGCAUGAAGGAUGUCUACGAUCCCACUAUACCAGGCCCUGCAACUCGAAGCCUGGAAAACCAUUGGUCUGAUAUCUCUAAAGAGAUCCAGAGGGUUCCGGCCAAUCAAACACAAUUCCAGAAGGCUGUUGUGCUCCAUAAUAUCAGAAAUGAACGCGUUGAAGUACGCAGUGUUGACUCAGACGUUGUUCGGGGUGUCGCUAUGCUGCUCUACGAUCGAAACCAAAACGCCAAUCCUGGACCUUCAGCGAAAAAGCCUCUGUUAAAGAAUUAAAAGCCUCACAUCGAAAAACCCACAAAAUAAAUAUAGUUAGUGGUUCAGGUAGGAUGUGCUUAUAGUUGUAAACAAUAUCAGUGUUAUUAGUAAUGGACCGGUCCUCAUGGAUAUUACUUCAACUGAGAGGUGUGCAAGUCGAUUUAUAUAUGUGUUUUGUACCUCUGUUGUUUGCUUGUACUCUUCCGUUUUGAGAGGUGUGCAAGUCGUUUGUCAUGUGUAAUCUAUAAAAUAAAGCAAGGUUAACUUCUGUUCUUCAAUA